CGGGGUGGUGAGAUGUCGAUAUAAGACUCAUUGUGCCCCGCGCGCAAGAAAGAUACGCAAAAAUUGAAUGGAAAAACAAAUUGAAGAAACAUAGUGCGAUGCCAAUCAUACAUCACUGAAGCGGGAUAUCCACCCAACCUAACCAUCAUGUCGCCCUCACGCAAGUCCGAGACCUCAUCGCCAUCCUCGUCGCCUAAGCUCGCCCACGACAGUGGCCGUGUCAGGAAGAGAACCGGCUCCUUUGGGUAUCGACGCGGACGUCCCUCAACCGCUGCUCGUGUCUGGCAGAGCCCCAGAAUGAAGAGGAACCUCGUCAGGCUGUAUUACUGCACAACCCUCAGGACCACCGUCAUUGGCAAGAUACUAUCCGCCCUGGCCUCGAUCAAGUACGGCAGCAGGUGAGAACUACUCCCUCUUGCGGGCCAAAGAAAGAACGAGAGUCCUUAGCAUCUCUCUCUCCCCUCAUAUAGCUUGAACUCGGGACAACGGUCCACGCAGGUCGAACUCCAGCGCUUGCUGUCUAGCGAGACUGCACGUCCCAGAACACGCGAUAUUGCGAGAGAGCGCGUUGCUUCGUAUCGAAUCGUGAGGAAUCGUCAACGGGUAUCAACCAGGCAUCAGACCAGUCGACCGACCAAUGCCCAACAGACGCUGUCAAA